GCCCCCAGACUAUCGAGAUAUCUUCCCUAGAGACGCACUGUUCAUGGGGCGAGAGGUAUCAGGACUAGUCGGGCGCAGCUGCUUCUCUGCUGUCACAACUAAACAAGUCAUUUGACAACCAUCCUCCUCCAACGCAAGACAAACGGUUCGACAUGGGACGACUAAGCUACGACGAGCGCGUGUGUGUGCAAUUCCUCAACAAGCUCAAAGACUGGACCGACUCAACCUGGGGUUUCCGCGUUUAUGGCACCUACUCACACGUGCAGGCACGAGCAGACAGUCAAAACACACAGGACGCAGCAGACACUGCCCGCUUCCAAGAAGUCCUAGCAAGACUGCGCGCUCACGCUGAAGACACCCUGCGCUACCGCCAUCCAGCGCCGUACAACCAGCAACUCAUCGACACACUACGCCUCCAGCCUGCUGCUUACCUUCCCGGUGCAUCGCUUGCCGAAGUCUGCACGCAUUUCCGCCAACACCACGCUGUGAUGGUCGACUUCGAACAACAACAGAACGGUGCCCUCCUUGAUGCUGAAAUGUCCAGUCCAAAGUACAGCUGGUGCCUUGUCAUCGACGACGAGGCGCUGCAGAGCAUCGAAGCCGCGCCGCGCCCAAUCGGUCGCUCACCACAAGCUGGAGUGCACGCCUCUCACCUAGCGCUCCAAGCCGAAGACGCGUUCGUGAAGUUGCUAAGCGCAUCCUACGUCACUAUGGAAAAACCGUUGGUUCUUGCAGCAAAGGGUUGUAAUCCGCGUUGGAGCAAUGCGUGGACGGGCUGGCUGAAGUGUUCACCCGUGGUGCUUAUGGACGUCUUUGAUGAGACGCUCUCGGGCGACAUCGAGGUGCAUUUCCGCGGCCACGACAAACUUCUCGAAUUUCCGUAGUUACUGUCCUUGGUCCCGGAUCUUGUUGUUUCGGUCCCUGCUUGCAGCCUCGCAGCCUUGAGCUUCACAGGGUCCGGGUUGGUGCGUGCACGCGCCCCUCCUGACGACCAUCGAUCCCCCGCCCCGGUAUGCGGAAGCGCUGCGUCCCGUGUGGGGGCGGGAACUGGUGAGGCUGUCGGUCCGUUGGCAUUUCACCGCCUCGCCUCGCCUGCAACCACGAAAGCUACGGCCUUGCACCCUGUAUCUCCACCACCGGCCACGAUAAGCGCAGGCUCCGACGGGGCGACCAGAAGUCGGUGCCACCGGCCACUACAAGAAUGCG